AUGAGCCAGCCUUCAGUCAGUCGCUGCAUUAAAACAGUGACUGAUUUAAUUAUAAAGCAUGCUACACCAAAGUACGUGAAUUUUCCUAAAACCUCAUCAGAAAGAGAUGAAAAUAAAAAGAGAUUUUAUACGAAGUUUGGCAUGCCUGGCAUUAUUGGGUGCAUAGACUGCACACACAUAAGUAUAGUGGCUCCCAAAAAAGAUCACCCCGUGGCACCAGCUGCUAUUUAUAUGAAUAGGAAGGUCUAUUACUCAAUUAAUAUUGAAGUAAUAUGUGAUGCCGAUGAACGGAUAUUGUUUGCGAGCAGCAGAUAUCCUGGCUCCACUCAUGAUGCAGCCAUUUGGAAGGUUUCGACAGUCAGAGCCCUGCUAACUCAUAAUGCUGAUGAUGGGACAUAUUUAUUGGGCAAUUCAAGAAUAUAUUUAAUAUCGCAAAUCAAAUAAGGAAAAAAAUAUAUAUUAGUUGUACAUU